GGGCGCAGGCGUGUCCAUUGGAACGAGGCAUCGCCUUCGUCGUUGGACAGUGCCGCACUCGUGGGCGCGGUCGAUUCUGCCGUUUGGAAGUGGCUCGACCGCCCAACUGCGGGGCGUCCCACUGCGGAAACCGUCGUCCUCAUUCCCACAACGCCAUCCACGGACGUUAGGAGGGUAAGCCUGCCUUCCUCUCUCGAUCAAGAUAGAGUGGGGAAGGUUCUAAUUUGUUCGUUGCAGCGGGCUGCUCCUUUUCUGAGUCCUAGCAGCUCUGCGGAAGAAGCAGUGGACGAAGCAGUUGUGCAGCACCGGUACCUGUACAGGGGUUGAAGGAGACAGGGUAAAGCAAUAGUUGUAGCAGUGGAAGCAGAAUGGCUUUGUUAGCUAGGCUUCAGAUAAGAGCUUCACAGUUCUUCCUCAUCAUGAUUAUCUGCCAGAUUCCUAUUUUCAGAGUACCGUGCCGCGAUUAUAUCUGUACGAGUCCCAUCGAAGUGGUCGCGACACAGUUGUACACUGUGCCGUAUGUGCCGCUAUGGUUCCUUAAGGUGCUUGUUUACCCAGGAGCAGUUGUAAAGCAAUUCCAAAAUUCCAUGUUGAGGGGGGGAGAUUUCCUGGCCCCUCAGUGGGACACGCUUCUCGAAAUAUACAAUCUCGACUACCCACGGGAUGCUGAGGAAGUCGAGGUGAACAUGACACCAUUCAGAGUGGAGUUGUUCUUUGGUUGCGUGCUUGCGAUCAUUGGGGCACUAGUGUCACCGUUCUACCCCAACCGCAUUAGCCUUUUUAGUAUGAUGUUGAUUCUAUGGGGUAUUAUGAAGGCAUCGUACUCGAAGACGAAGGAGGACGGGGAGGUGCGUAUGCUGGUGACACUGUACUUGGCACUGGUUCUCUCUCUCUUCUCCAUCCAGAUGGAUGCGACUCUCAGACGAACACAGAAGGCAGCAGCUCGACCAAGGCCGUUCCAUGUGAAGCUGAAGGCCAAAUGAGAAGAUGCUGGCGAUUAUCAUGAUUCCUAAGCUCCCCUGAAACUGUGUGUGUGUGUGUGUGUGUGUGUGUGUGUGUGUGUGUGUGUGUGUGUGUGUGUGUGUGUGUGUGUGUGUGUGUUAUCUGUGGACAAACAGGUAGGAUGGAUGGAUGGAUGGAUAGAUUGACGGGUGCCAUCUCCUGAGUACUAGUGGUGACUGUGUAUGUCUGGCUGGAGCUGAGGGACGCAUCACCAUUGGUUUGUGGAAAAGGCUGUUUCUGGGGCGGGUGGUUUUCAUACUGCAAUGGCGACACCCUGCCAGACAUGGGGACUCUGUCCAUGAGUGUGGGCCUGAGGGAGAUGCUCUCCUCUUCGUGGAAGUCGGUUUUAGGGUUGCGAUCACAGCAUUGCACAACUAAUGGUGGGUGUUCGCCCACCUGUUUGGGGGAGAGGGAAGCAUAUGGUUGUUGCUUCAUGGGAGAUAAUAUUUUCAGUGGCAGGUGGUUCAAAAGGAUUGUGAAUGCAAAUCAAGAAGUGUGGGCUCAGAAGGAGAAGAAAGAGGGCAAGCGUGCUUUGUUAAAUCUUUACGUUUUUUUUGGGGGCGGAGGGAAGCAGGGGGGAGGGGGAGGGGUAAAAUCUAAGUGUGGCAUGAAACAGUUGAGGGAUUAGACAAAGAGGCUAUCGUCAUUCUUUGGAGUGUGCUGACUUUUCAAUUUUUGAUAUUCUGUUUUGGUUGCCCAGAUUUGUUUUCAAUGUGGGGAUGUGCAGUGCCAGUUUUAUUCUACUUUCUCUCUUUAUCAUGAGAAAUUCAGGGUUAUGCUGCUUGUGGCACUUUUCAGUCUGGUGUACUUGCGACAUUUC